CACACUUUCCUCCCAAAUAAAGCCUCUCUUCCUUUACACUAAAAAUAAAUAAUAUUUAUAUAUAUAUAUAUAAAAGAAAAGAGUUAAAACGACGUUGUAACAAACUGAAUCUUGGGACAGGAUGGCCUUGUCUCUUCUCUCUCUCCUGGGCCUCCUGUCUAUGUCUACGAUCCUCCUCCGCCCCGAUACGGCCAUGGCCACGGCCAUCCACCUCGAGCGGGACCUCCCGUCAUUCCGGGAGGCCCCUGCCUUCCGCAACGGCGCGACAUGCAGCUCCAAUGCAAUCCACGUCGUGAUGCCUCUGGACACCAACUACAUACGUGGCACCAUGGCCGCCGUGUUGUCAAUCCUGCAGCAUUCGACGUGCCCGGAGAAUGUGUCGUUCCAUUUCCUCUCCGUCCACCUCGACACCGAAAUUUCCUCCCUCAUCAACUCCACAUUCCCUUUCCUCAGCUUCAAGAUGUACCAAUUCGACCCCGAAAGGGUUAGUGGAAAGAUAUCGAAAUCGGUCCGCCAAGCCCUCGACCAGCCCUUGAACUACGCUAGGAUCUACAUGGUCGACAUCCUACCGCCCUCCGUCUGGCGCGUCAUAUACUUGGACUCCGACAUCAUCUUCGUCGACGACAUCGCCAAGCUCUGGGGGGUGGAUUUGGGCGGGAAGGUGCUGGCGGCGCCGGAGUACUGCCACGCCAACUUCACGAGCUACUUCACGGAGGCGUUCUGGUCGGACAGGCAGCUAGCGAGUGUGUUCGAGGGGAGGCGGCCAUGCUACUUCAACACAGGGGUGAUGGUGGUGGACGUGGAGCAGUGGCGAAAGGGAGGGUACACGAGGAAGGUGGAGGAAUGGAUGGCGGUGCAGAAGCAUACGAGGAUUUAUCAAUUGGGCUCUUUGCCACCAAUCCUGCUUGUAUUUGCAGGGAAUAUAAAGGGGGUGGAACAUAGGUGGAACCAACAUGGGUUAGGGGGUGACAACUUGGAAGGAAGGUGUAGGGGGCUCCACCCUGGCCCUAUCAGCUUGCUGCAUUGGAGUGGAAAGGGGAAGCCAUGGCUUAGGCUGGACGCUCGGAGACCAUGCACGGUCGACUACUUGUGGGCCCCGUACGACUUAUACAGGUCGUCGCGGGUCGCCUUGGAGGAAUGAUGGGCGUACGUGAAACCUAUAUAUAUACAUGCAUCUCUGUCAAAGCAAAACGGUGUGUACCUGUCUUCUCCAUGACGAUGGCGAUGACAGUUAUGACGGAGUUGUUAUAUGCAUAGAGGAUGGAUGGAAUGGAGCAGAUUGUGUUGAUAGUGAUUUUUGAACUCUCACCCUAUCCUAGGACGAACAGCCAUUUUGUAUGUAAACCUUCAUCUACAUAUAAUUUGUGUAAUAUAAUGUGUUCGUCUCUUGUUCAACUUUAUGGCUGACUAGAGAAAUUCUAAUGUUCAGUCAUGCCAUUGCCAUAAAA